UGCCAGUUCGGCGCUUUUUGGAGGAGGUUGUGGAAUUGGUUUGGAAGAACUUGGAAAAAUCUGGAACUUUGCUCCUCCCGAUUGGUAGCUGAUGCCUGAAAAUUUUUCCAUUUCCGGCCAGAUUUUUCCAGCUCUUCUCCACAGGCAUUCCAUUUUGCCUAGAGCCAGAGCAUUCUGCCAACUGUGGCAGGAGCUGCUCGCUCAAGGUUGAGGGGUGGGCCUGGGUGUUAGGUGGUAAGUGUUGCACUUUGUUUCGAAAUUUGUGUUGCGUCUGUUUGGCCGGUUGACUGCGUUCCAAAGUCAACGCCUGACAGGGUGUAGCGUUCGGCGGUGCUAUAGUUUUUUCUUCCUUUUAUGCCCACUAGCUUGCUUGGUGUAGAAGUACUCCUCUUCUGGUCGAUGUUGAUAGCGAGAGAAGGGCGCCCAUUCUAAAAAUUUGAAAAAGUGAAAAGCUGAAAAAAUCCAACUACCUUAUUUCAUCGGGCGCUCCACAGCGAAAAGAACCAGACGAGCGUGCUCUAUUGCUGCUGGAGAGAAGAGAGCGAGAGAGUCGUUCUGAACGGCAGGGGGUCCGCAACAGGGCAGUCGCGUUGCACGCAGCUCUCCUCCAGGAGCUCGCUACCCACCUGACCAGGCUGCAUGACAAAUCCAAAUCCCACACCUUCCUCACUUCCGCGGUGCAGCUCUUUACCGGCGACGCGGCGGAAACAAUUUGCAACCGGUGCAGCGAUAUGCAACUUUGCAAAAGAAGGUCUACGUGUAUCGCACUUACGAAGUGGAAAUUCUUGUAUCACAAGUUUAUAUUUUUUCAAGAGAAGCAGAAAUGGAUUUUGUAAUGCUGAGAUCGGCACCGAGUGCAUUGCCUCAUACAUAAUUGCUCAAGUAAUUGAAUUUCAUACAUGCAAUGCAAUGCAACUGAAAAAUAUUGCUCAAGUAAUCAUUCAUGCAUGCAAUGCAACUGAAAAAUAUGUAUUGCUAUUGGUAUAUCUUCGCCCAGUUGAUCUCUUGUUGAUCUCUUUCUGGUCUCGACCCUCCACAGGAUCCUUCUAUCUCAUGUUUACCUAA